UGAAGACCUACCUAAAUAAAAUAUCUAUGGCUUGGAGAGCCACAGGUAGAAGGGGAGACCGAACGCUGAGCCAGUGAACAGCAUGAAGGACAGGGUCAGCUUGUACCUAUUCUCGAUGCUGAAUGGCAGGUUCUGAAACAGGGACCAGAGCGAGGGAUAAGCAACGGUGCCAUUCUCAUGUCACCAUAACGCAGGCAGCACGAGCGGCGAAGAUCGAAUCACGAAUUAGUAGCUGCAAACGGAAUAACUAUCAUAAGCAGGCAAUGGGUAGGAAAGAGACUGGAUGCAGUGCAAAAAUGUAUUUUUGCCACACGGUGGAAAAAGAGCGACACAGAAUAGAAGAUGCCAAGUAUUUGGUCAACCUCGUUUCAAUCGGUACGAAAAAAAAGUGGAUAGAGAAAAUUGAUGCCAUCAACACUCAACUGGGACAUAACCUCUGAAAGGUAAGGUACUUACGCUGCCAGCCUUGGGCCACAGACCCUCUUGGCCAUGCCCUCCGGCCCUGACAACGGAUGUUGAGAAGUUUCUGGAGACGGCGCUCGCAACUCUGGCUCCCGAUGAGGCGAUCAUGUUCGCAGAUUCUUUAAAAUAUAGCGAAAAUCAAGACUUGCGCGGACUGCGACGAACUUUUGCAGCAGAAAGUCGUGACCUCGCCUCGUAAACAAAUGAUGGCUACGAACCAGCUGGAACUGCGGUCGGAAAUGGUCGCAGGGAUUGGGGAAAAAAUCUCUUAAAAACACGAUAUUACCCGUCAGAUUAUACUAAUUCACGGAAAUUCAAAGGUCGAACAAGAUUUCGAAAGAGAAACAAAGCAAAUUCCUACCAGUUUGAAAUUUACAAGAUGCUUGAUGUAGAACAGACCCACUCUAGUUGUUAUGUUUUGAAAGUUGAGCGCGGAUACACAAAAGAAGGACUUGCAUCGCUUGCAUUUAGAAAAUGAUUGAAGAUUGGUAAACAAUGCAUUUUUAAAGUUGAACCCGAAUAACCUGCAAAUGAGUUUGACUAUUCCUGCCAAUUUGGUUUGCAAGAAGUAUGGUGUCUCUCUGUUCCUGUCUUGAUUGGUGAACAUUUUAAGGGGUUAGAUGGUGACCAUUUGAGUGUCUGCUUGAGGACGUAUUGACAGUUCACUCGAUAUUUUGAGGGAUGCAGAAUGUCAGUGAAGAUGAGGGCAAGCACAUCAUCACAGCAAGCAACGUCAACAAGAGGCUGUCGUUCCGGGGCAGGGAAAAAUUUGUCGAGGUGUUCUGUCAAGGGAGGAAUAAUUACCGAUGGGCAGAGCUUUCUCAGGUUAUUGCCACACCUGUAGACCAAGCCAUAUCAUGGAGCUCAUCAGACGAAGAAUUUGACGAGGCCUCCUCUCAGUCUCAGCGAGGACGUCAACUUCCUAAUCGUACACUUGCAUCUCACAUCAAUUUUGGUGACUGUAAAUUGGUGAGGAAAAGAGGGCGCCGACACUCUUCAGCACAGUUUGUUAGAUCCAUUGAGAAACGGCCGAGGGAGAGGCCAGGGAAAUGCAUUGACAGUCCAUUAGCUGGAAGAAGUGGGGAAUGUAAUCCCACUGCACCUUCUUCUGAAAUGCCUGACUCCUCUUUUGAGAGAGGCAAUUCUGUUAAAGGAUCAGAAUCAAUUGAACACCAAGAUAUUUGGGAGAAAAACUUAUCUAUUUUAAAUCAAACAGUGAACCUAACACCGGAUGAUUCUGUGAACUCUAAUUCAAAUGAAAAGCUCGAUCAACAACAACCUUCUCCUAAAGCAGCUAAGACAGCUUCAGAAAUUGAAGUAACAUCACCAAUUCUUGUACCUCGUGUUAACAGAAUUUGUAGAAGAAGAAUGCCUGAUAGAAAAGAAUUGAAAUCAGCAGAAGAAACAGCUCCUGUGUCUGCACCCACCACAGUCCCUAGUUCCCCUAUCUUUAAAACAAGCAAACCCAAAUGGGUUUCUGUUCAAAAAUUGUUAAAAACUGCUCCAUCCAAAGUAGGAAAUAAGUCACAUUUUGAACGUAAGGAUCUUGUUUCUCUUCCUUCGAGAAAUGUAGUUUUGAGUAACAACACCUCUCCAGAAGCAGUAAAUGAAUCAUCGAAUGUUAUCUUUGUAGAACCCACUUUGACAUCAUCACCUACAAAGUCAAAUAUACUUGAAACUCCUGCAUCACCUGUAAUCGGAAGAACUGUAAAGAGACAAAAACGUAUGAUCGUUGAUAAAGAUAUGUCACCAAUUCUUGGAUCCAAAGAUGUAAAUCGUCCAAUAAAAUUGAUAAAGGCUACUCGCUCAUUGAUGAAUGGAUCUAUGAAUAAAAGCAGUGAUGUAGUUUUUGAUAGUUCAUUCAAGGAAGACAAGACUGUUUCAGAAUCAUCAACUUUUGAUGUUAGUCUGUUGAAUGAUGCUAAAUUUGUUGGAGAAGAAGAGGAGUCUAAACUGCUUGCUUCUCAAUACAGAGCAGCAGCCAAGCGCUCCUUAGAUUUCUCAUUUCAAAAUAAAUUACACAUGAAGGACAUUGACUGUGAUAAUAGUGUACUCCAAACAGUAGCAAGACAAGACCAAAAUUUUAUCUCCUGUGAUAGUGUUUGUGACUCUUUGAGUAAACCCAACUGGGAUAAAUCAAUUGCUCAGAUAACAGAGGAGCCUGAAAACACCCUGCAUCCAUGUAAUUUGGCCUUGAACAGAAGUGAUCUAAUUGAGGAUGCAAACACAGAGCAAAUUGAUGUUGCAUCUGUCCAAGAUAAGCUUGUUAAGUCCCCACUUCAACAGAAAAGGAAUAAAUUAAGUUUAAGCAAGAAGUCACCUCUUCAAACCUGUUCUAAGAAGAGGAGCGGGCCUUCAAUUCCUACUGCAUCAUGUGUAGCACCAUCAUUUUCUAGAAAGAAGAAUGCGAAAAUCUGUACCGUGAACAAAAAUGAGCAAGAAAAGGCAUGUGAUGGUAUAGACAAUGUUCAGCUGUCACUUUCAGUAAAAAAGCAUUCUAAUCAGACACUACUGAUUGAAGAUGACUUAUCAGAACCAAUGGAAAUGAACAUCCCAGAUGCAUUUGGGUCUCCCACUUCUUCCCAUAGUAAUGAUGCAUUAAGAAAUCACAUAGCAUCAUUGACAGAUAAAUUAUUUCUAGAAGUUAAAGGUCCACAAACAGAAUUUAAAAAUUCCAAUAACGAUGAUGUUGAUAUUGAUAGCUGCUCAUCACAAAGCCUAGAUACCAGCCAACAAGAGGAGAUUGAGAGAUUGCCAUCCUCUUCUGUUUCAACUCUGGUGGCAAUUUCUCAGGCAUCUAGCCCCCCAGCUCCUUGUGCUGCUCCUUUAGCUGCUGAAAUAGUUGCAGACGAUUUCAAUGCACCCCCUAAAAAGGGCAAGACAAAAUUGAAGCCAGAUGGACUUGCCAAUCGUUUGCAACGAAUUCUUAAUCGGCAACGCUCCUCUGCACGUAUAUGGCAGUUUAAGCGAAGCAAGCAGAGUAAAUCAUCAUCAGCUGGUGGGUCAGAGCAGAGUGCCUCAGUGCUCAUAUCUGUUGAUAAAACAUGGACUGAAUAUUCUCAUAUAGUAGUGCAGGGCCAUGUUUUGAAUGAUGAUUGCAAUAAUAGGACUACUCGGUAUCUUGAUGCAUUGUCAGAUCAGGUUGUUGUUAUCUUGGACCCCACCAUUGCGGAGAAAUUAGAGAAAAUCAUGUCUUCCUCGAGGAUUCGUAUUUUCCCUCCAUGGCAAUCACUUAAGUUAAAAGGUAUCUCUUUGAUUCUCUGUGCAUAUUGUGUUGAAGUUGUACGCUCAGAUUGCCCACAGGGAACAGACAAUUCGACUCUCCUUAAGAAAGGCUCUGAAUGUGUCUCUGGUUCUGGUCUUUUUGAAAUAAUUUUCCCAAAGCUUGUGGAAAUCCAAACACACUUGAUCCAAUAUUCAGAGGAAUUACCACAAGACCCUCAUGAAAAUGGAGAGCAUGCUGUGACUUCAGGGAGCAUCUCUUCAUUAGUAUCUCGUCAUUACGUUGGUGAAGCUACCUUGGAUAUCUUGACUCUCACAGUAUUACGAGCUUUCCAGUUCAGGCCGCUUGACACUGAAACUGGACAAAGCAGUGAUGCUCCCUCAUGGUCUCUUCUGGGACAAGAUGUGGCUGGAGAAGUGUGUGAAGUACUGUUGGGCUGUGAACAAUUGCAGGCAUCACAAGAAAGCAUUUGGCAAGGUGUGAAAACUGGGAAAGUUAUUGGUAAAACAUAUUGUUUCUCUGGAUUUUUACCCAUUCAAAGGAUUGCUCCUUUCAGAGUUUCAAAUUUAUGGAAAAUUAUAUCAAGUAUGGGAAUUGAAGGGCUCUGUGAUCAGCCAGUGUUUUACGUGCUCUCUUCUGCAACACUGUCUUGGAGCUGUGGGCUUUCAGAAAGUCAAAGGAAAGCAUCCAUUCACCAACCAACUUUUUCUACACUAAAUUCCAUUUUGUCUGAGACUUCUACGUGUGAACCCAGGAGAGCAAAUGUUUUUUGCUGCAUUUUGCACGCAACAAGAGAGCGUCUCUAUGUAACAGACACAGAAACUACACCUUGUGUCACAGUCAUUACUGUGAAUCAAACUGCAUUCCUUCCAACAUUUAUAUUUAAAGCAGCUGCUUUGUUUGUUCUUGACCUUGAAGUAACAGCUGAUGAAUUGAGAAUAGAUAAAUACUCAAGAUUAUCUUCUAAGGAAGAUCUGUCUGAUUCUAUCCUCAGCAAUUUAGUUAGUGAAGAACAACAGAGAUGUAUGGCAAGGCUGAACCCCAACUUACCACUUUUACAUCGAAACACUGCGGCUAAAACUCUUGCAACAUUUUUUGGUACUGUUGUUGGUGUUGAUGAAGAAACUGCUUACAUGUGGCCUGCUUGUGGUGUUUGUGAGAAUGAGCUCUUAAGUCUUGGUGAUGGUACUGAAAUGUAUCGAUGUGAGAAAUGCAAUAAUCAAUGUGAUAACUUCAAUAUGCAUAUGUCACUCCAAGUGUUGUGUUCUUGUGCAAACCUGCCACUUUCUUCAUCCAUUAGAUUGAAGUUACAUCAGAGCACAAUUGAAUCUAUGUUGCCUCCCACUUUGUGUAAUGAGGAGGGAUAUGAUAUGAACACUGUCAUAGGACAAAAGCUAGGACCCUUAAGAUGUGAAGUACUCCAUUCUAAAGAUGGCAAUUUCACUUUACAGGAGUUACCAAAAAUAUGGUAACUUUUUUUGUUUUUUGUUUCAUGAUUUUUAUCAGAUGAGAAAAUCCUCAUCUCACUUCUGAUAUUUUAUGUUACCCUGAGUUAAACAUAGUGUUUACACAAUGAACCUGAUUCUUUUCUUUUUUAAUGUUUUGAAAUUUUGAUUUAUUGCUGUUCUCUUUUGUGUUAAAAAAGUUUAUUAAGUUACAAAUACAGUACGUUAAUUCUGCAUCAGUGUGCCAGUGUGAAAUAUUGAAUGCAUAUACAUGUUGAGUGGGUGUUAAUUUGCUGUGCAAGAGGACUGCUGGCCGGGUAGGACGACGGGCCUCCAACAAAGAAAUAAAAACAAAAGCAGAAACAGCUUGUGGUUAACCUUUACUACUCUUCAUAUUGUGAACAGCAGUUACAUCAUGGUCAACAUAUCACAGUUCAUUCGAAGACAUGCGAGGUCUUCUCUUAGUCUUUUUCGAUUCUGUAUUCUUUUUAACUUCAGGUGGUUGAUUUGGUUCAUUUUGAUAGGAUGCUCCUUCACUCAAAAUUGAAUAUGCCUAAAUAUUAAGAGAACAAAAUUAAAAUAUGGUGCAAAGGC